ACAUGCGCUCACUGACUCUUCUUUAAACUUAGGACCUGCUGGAGGAUAAUGGAUCCUGGAAAUCACUCCCUGGUGACCGAGUUCAUCCUCGCUGGGCUAACGCAGCAGCCAGAGUUCCAGCUGCCCCUCUUCCUCCUCUUCCUAGGAAUCUACGUGGUCACGGUGGUGGGCAACCUGGGCAUGAUCACGCUGAUUGGGCUCAGUUCUCACCUGCACACCCCCAUGUACUACUUCCUCAGCAGCUUGUCCUUCAUUGACCUCUGCCAUUCCACUGUCGUUACCCCCAAAAUGCUGGUGAACUUUGUGACAGAGAAGAACACCAUCUCCUACCCUGAAUGCAUGGCUCAGCUCUAUUUCUUCAUCAUUUUUGCUAUUGCAGAGGGCCACAUGUUGGCAGCAAUGGCAUACGACCGCUAUGUUGCCAUCUGUCGCCCCUUGCUUUACAAUGCCAUCAUGUCUUACCACAUCUGCUUCUGGCUCACAGUGGGAGUUUAUAUUUUGGGCAUCAUUGGAUCCACCAUUCAUACAGGCUUUAUGAUGAGACUCUUCUUCUGCAAAACCAAUGUAAUUAACCAUUAUUUCUGUGAUCUCUUUCCACUCUUGGAGCUCUCCUGUUCCAGCAUCUACAUCAAUGAAUUACUGGUUCUAGUCCUGAGUGCAUUUAACAUCCUGACUCCUGCAUUAACUAUCUUUGCUUCAUACAUCUUCAUCCUCUCCAGCAUCCUCCACAUUCGCUCCACUGAGGGCAGGUCUAAAGCCUUCAGCACCUGCAGCUCCCAUAUCUUGGCUGUUGCUAUUUUCUAUGGGUCUGCAGCCUUCAUGUACCUGCAGCCACCAUCAGUCAGCAGCAUGGACCAAGGGAAAGUGUCCUCUGUGUUUUACACCAUCAUUGUGCCCAUGCUGAACCCGAUGAUCUACAGCCUGCGGAAUAAAGAUGUCAAAUAUGCCCUGAAGAAAAUACUGGACAGUAGAGAAUGUUCAUGA